AUGGUCGGUGUUACGUAUCAGCAGCACACACACCCGGCGCAGUGCCAGUAUUGUGCCUUCUGGUCCAUCCACCGCUUCGGCACCUCGCCCAGGACCCCCAAGACUGGUAAGACGCCCAGGACGCCAAAAACGCCGAAAGGAAUCCUGAAAUGCAAGCACUUUUUCCCAACCGACGAGAACGGCGGCGCAGCUGCGAAGGACAAACUUUGCAAGAGUUCCAAGCAUAAGGAUAAGGACAGGGACAAGGACAAAGAUAAAGAUAAGAGCAAGUUGCACAGGUCGCAUUCGGGCAAAAGCAAGAGUAGGGCUAAGGAUGCGGCCAAAGCAGAGGCAGCUGCAGCCAAGGCCGAGGCUAAGGCCGAGGCGAAGGCUGAGGCCAGGGCCGAGGCCGAGAAGGUUGAGGCGCAGGCCAAGGAAGCAGCCGCAGCGGCGGCGGCUGAGCCUGGAGCCGCGCCCAAGGAGGAUGUGAAGCCAGGCACCUCGGAGAAGGAGCCUGCCAAGGCAGAGGCUAUCUCUGCAGACGCCGCCAAGGCAGACGAUGCGGCCAAAGAAGCUGAUAAGGCCGAUGGGUCUGUGAAGGAAGGCGAGAAGCCUGAUGCCUCGGCCAAAGAGCCAGAGGCGUCAGAGGCCCAGAAGCUGGAAGCCAAACCGGACGAAAUUGGAAAGAUGGAGGAAGCCAUCAUCGCUGCCCUGGGGAAGGACGCUAAGGACCAGCUCGUCCCUUUAGGAAAGCCCACGGAAAGUGUGCCAUCCUCUGAGCAGAAGGAAGAGCCCAAAGAAGGUGCAAAGGAAGCCGAGAAGGUGAGCGCCCAGGAAGCCGGCAAGGAAGGUGCCAAGGAAGCGGAGAAAGCCAGCGUCCAGGAAGGCGAGAAGGAAGCGGCCGAAGAAGCAGAAAAGGUAAGCGUUCAGGAGGCUGAUAAGGAAGGCGGCGCCAAGGAAGCCGGGAAGGAAAGCGAGAGGGAAGCCGAGAAGAAGGGCGCCAAGGAAGGUGGUAAGGAAAGCGCCAAAGCGGCCGAGAAGGGCGGUGUUAAGGAAGCCGAUAAGGUGAGCGCCCAGGAAGCCGGCAAGGAAGGUGCCAAGGAAGCGGAGAAAGCCAGCGUCCAGGAAGGCGAGAAGCCUGAUGCCUCGGCCAAAGAGCCAGAGGCGUCAGAGGCCCAGAAGCUGGAAGCCAAACCGGACGAAAUUGGAAAGAUGGAGGAAGCCAUCAUCGCUGCCCUGGGGAAGGACGCUAAGGACCAGCUCGUCCCUUUAGGAAAGCCCACGGAAAGUGUGCCAUCCUCUGAGCAGAAGGAAGAGCCCAAAGAAGGUGCAAAGGAAGCCGAGAAGGUGAGCGCCCAGGAAGCCGGCAAGGAAGGUGCCAAGGAAGCGGAGAAAGCCAGCGUCCAGGAAGGCGAGAAGCCUGAUGCCUCGGCCAAAGAGCCAGAGGCGUCAGAGGCCCAGAAGCUGGAAGCCAAACCGGACGAAAUUGGAAAGAUGGAGGAAGCCAUCAUCGCUGCCCUGGGGAAGGACGCUAAGGACCAGCUCGUCCCUUUAGGAAAGCCCACGGAAAGUGUGCCAUCCUCUGAGCAGAAGGAAGAGCCCAAAGAAGGUGCAAAGGAAGCCGAGAAGGUGAGCGCCCAGGAAGCCGGCAAGGAAGGUGCCAAGGAAGCGGAGAAAGCCAGCGUCCAGGAAGGCGAGAAGCCUGAUGCCUCGGCCAAAGAGCCAGAGGCGUCAGAGGCCCAGAAGCUGGAAGCCAAACCGGACGAAAUUGGAAAGAUGGAGGAAGCCAUCAUCGCUGCCCUGGGGAAGGACGCUAAGGACCAGCUCGUCCCUUUAGGAAAGCCCACGGAAAGUGUGCCAUCCUCUGAGCAGAAGGAAGAGCCCAAAGAAGGUGCAAAGGAAGCCGAGAAGGUGAGCGCCCAGGAAGCCGGCAAGGAAGGUGCCAAGGAAGCGGAGAAAGCCAGCGUCCAGGAAGGCGAGAAGCCUGAUGCCUCGGCCAAAGAGCCAGAGGCGUCAGAGGCCCAGAAGCUGGAAGCCAAACCGGACGAAAUUGGAAAGAUGGAGGAAGCCAUCAUCGCUGCCCUGGGGAAGGACGCUAAGGACCAGCUCGUCCCUUUAGGAAAGCCCACGGAAAGUGUGCCAUCCUCUGAGCAGAAGGAAGAGCCCAAAGAAGGUGCAAAGGAAGCCGAGAAGGUGAGCGCCCAGGAAGCCGGCAAGGAAGGUGCCAAGGAAGCGGAGAAAGCCAGCGUCCAGGAAGGCGAGAAGCCUGAUGCCUCGGCCAAAGAGCCAGAGGCGUCAGAGGCCCAGAAGCUGGAAGCCAAACCGGACGAAAUUGGAAAGAUGGAGGAAGCCAUCAUCGCUGCCCUGGGGAAGGACGCUAAGGACCAGCUCGUCCCUUUAGGAAAGCCCACGGAAAGUGUGCCAUCCUCUGAGCAGAAGGAAGAGCCCAAAGAAGGUGCAAAGGAAGCCGAGAAGGUGAGCGCCCAGGAAGCCGGCAAGGAAGGUGCCAAGGAAGCGGAGAAAGCCAGCGUCCAGGAAGGCGAGAAGCCUGAUGCCUCGGCCAAAGAGCCAGAGGCGUCAGAGGCCCAGAAGCUGGAAGCCAAACCGGACGAAAUUGGAAAGAUGGAGGAAGCCAUCAUCGCUGCCCUGGGGAAGGACGCUAAGGACCAGCUCGUCCCUUUAGGAAAGCCCACGGAAAGUGUGCCAUCCUCUGAGCAGAAGGAAGAGCCCAAAGAAGGUGCAAAGGAAGCCGAGAAGGUGAGCGCCCAGGAAGCCGGCAAGGAAGGUGCCAAGGAAGCGGAGAAAGCCAGCGUCCAGGAAGGCGAGAAGCCUGAUGCCUCGGCCAAAGAGCCAGAGGCGUCAGAGGCCCAGAAGCUGGAAGCCAAACCGGACGAAAUUGGAAAGAUGGAGGAAGCCAUCAUCGCUGCCCUGGGGAAGGACGCUAAGGACCAGCUCGUCCCUUUAGGAAAGCCCACGGAAAGUGUGCCAUCCUCUGAGCAGAAGGAAGAGCCCAAAGAAGGUGCAAAGGAAGCCGAGAAGGUGAGCGCCCAGGAAGCCGGCAAGGAAGGUGCCAAGGAAGCGGAGAAAGCCAGCGUCCAGGAAGGCGAGAAGGAAGCGGCCGAAGAAGCAGAAAAGGUAAGCGUUCAGGAGGCUGAUAAGGAAGGCGGCGCCAAGGAAGCCGGGAAGGAAAGCGAGAGGGAAGCCGAGAAGAAGGGCGCCAAGGAAGGUGGUAAGGAAAGCGCCAAAGCGGCCGAGAAGGGCGGUGUUAAGGAAGCCGAUAAGGAUAGCGUUAAGGAAACCGACAAGCAAGCCGAGCCAGGGGUAAGCUCUGAGUUGAGGCUUGGCGCGAUGGCUCUUGCUAGAUGGCUUUUUUCUGUUCAUUGUUGUGAGAGGGAGAAUCUGAAUUUGGACGUCGCGGCCGCCCACGAGUCGCCUGCGGCAGCCUCUAUCUCCCUCCUUGUGAUCUCGCCCUCGCCUAUGGGUGCCUCGCCGGGCUCCCCUCUCCCCUCCCCCUGCCCUAGCCGUGUGCUCUCUCGGCCGCUGAAGCACGACCGUCGCAUGGCCUUGCAAGAAGAAAAGAAGAAAAGAAUGUUGGUACAAAAAGAACGAGGGGGAAAAAAUGGUAGUCAUCAGUACUCCGAAUCUCAGCUGGCACUUGAGUACACAAGGUCAGGAAGGCGACACGAGAGUAAGCUUGCGGUUGAUCUGAUGGUAAUACUUGAGAGAGAGGGUAGCCUAUACCCGGCAGCCAUUGAAGGAUUUGUCUUUGGUGGUAUUUGA